AUGUAUAAAAAAAAUCUAGAAACACAGUUUGAUCAAAUACAUAACGUAAACGCAUCCUCGAGAAGAAGAGAAGAAAGACGGCGAAACCGCACUCCACCACCAACCUACGAAGAAGUUUCAUCAAUGAUAAAUAUGAGUCGUCGUGAAUCUCCCGCUAGUCAAAGGGAUCGAUCUGCAUCCCCGACCCGGAGAAAUCCCACCAGAAGAGACGAAACUACUAAUCGAGAUAAUAACUCUUUAUUUGACAGAAAAAUGAGUAAAGAUAAUAUUCAUCUUAUAUUUCUUGUCAUUCCUACUGGUCCAUUUUUUGGGUACCAAAGUAUGCCGAAUGGAAUUUCUAUUUCUAAAAAUGAAUCUGUUAACGCAUUACGUACUAGAAUCUGGGAUUUCUACUUCAAUGAGUAUGGAAAUAUUUCUUUUAAUCUUCGUGCAGUUAAUAUUGAACGUAGAGAAUAUGUGUAUAUGGAACCUGAAAAAAAAUCAGCGAUUAUUUCAAUCCCAAACCUUCAGAAAUCUCGAUUCAUAUUCUCGUAG